AGCUCAGUUGCAAUUUGAGUUGUUGACCGUGCAGUUCUCUAACGUUGUUGAGUUCAGAUUCCAAUAAGAAUUGAAUACAAUACAAAUCACAUAUAUAUAAGCAUAGAAAAAAUAAUAAAAGUUUCAAAGCAAACACCGAAAAGAAAUUAAACAAAAUUCUUAACUUUAAACAAAAUAGCUGCGGUGUUUUUUGACCCUCACUCCUAUACAAAACGAAUUUCGUUGAAACAGAAACAAAUUGUUGUAAAAAGAAAUACCCCCGAAAAACGUCGUAAGCAGAGACGCGUCGUACGCCGCAAAGCAACAGCAGCAACAAUCGUCGUCAGUCAGUAGUAGUUGUCGUCGUCGUCAGUCACACAUCGUCAGUGUGAGUGUAACCGGAGAGAACUUAAGGCCGUAAGACUUAUAACGGAAGCAUUUUCUUCACACACAUCCAAAUUUACUUCAGUCGAUAGUAGUUCGAAAUUCCAGACCGGCGGAUUUCCAACUACUCAACAACAACAAACAGCUUUAAUUUAACUUAAAAAACCCCACAACAAAACAAAAAAAACACAUUUAAAAUGGCCGAUCAACUAACAGAAGAACAAAUCGCCGAAUUCAAAGAAGCUUUCUCACUAUUCGAUAAAGAUGGUGAUGGCACCAUCACAACAAAGGAAUUGGGCACAGUCAUGCGAUCACUUGGCCAAAAUCCCACAGAAGCUGAAUUACAGGACAUGAUCAAUGAAGUCGAUGCUGAUGGCAACGGCACAAUUGAUUUCCCUGAAUUCUUGACAAUGAUGGCCCGUAAAAUGAAGGACACCGAUAGUGAAGAAGAAAUCCGAGAAGCCUUCAGAGUAUUCGACAAAGACGGUAACGGCUUCAUUUCAGCGGCUGAAUUGCGUCAUGUCAUGACAAAUUUGGGUGAAAAGUUAACAGACGAAGAAGUCGAUGAGAUGAUUCGAGAAGCUGAUAUCGAUGGUGAUGGUCAAGUCAAUUACGAAGAAUUCGUGACUAUGAUGACAUCGAAGUGAGCAGCUAAAUUACUUCUUUUUAAGCUUUUCUAUGUUUUUAAGAUGUUGACGAAGACUGUAGCUGCUGUGCGCUCCAACACCGCGCCAUCGCUAUUGCUAUGGGUAUAAAACAACAACAACAACAAAAUGAUGAUGAAAAUAUAUAUAAUACCAACCAACAACUAUAAAACAAAUCUUAAAAAAUAAAUUAAAUUAAAUUUUACUAUAACACCCCUCAAACAAAAACAACAACAACAACUUAAAAUAAUAAUAAUAAAACAAAAUAUUUAAAAAACAAAAAAUAACGAUGAAAAUCAACUUGAAAAUUUCUGAAUGAAAACAAAAAUUUAAGGAGAAACAACAACAACAACAUUUAAAUAUAAAUAUAAUUAAAAUAAAGAAAGAAAUGAAAGAAUGAGAGAAAAACCCAGAAAUAUAUUAUAAUAAUAAUAAUAAAAACAAAAACCAAAAAAAAAAUCAAACUUUAAUAUUAUUAAACCAAAACAACAACAACAACAAGAACAUACAACAGAAGAAGAAUUAUUCAAAAACCCAAGAAAAAAAGAAGAAAUAUAUUACAAACCACAACAGCAACAACACAAAAACAGUUCAGAUAUUUAAGGCUCAUUUUUUGAAAACCAAACCACAGCAACAACAAGAACAACCCAUUCAGAACAACAGCAAGUUUUUUUAGAUACAGGAUUUGGGAAACAAACAAAAAGCAAAAAUAGGAAAGAUUGAAUGAAACGAUCUGCAAAUCUGAAAAGAGAGGAGAGCGCAACUCUUCUAAGCCAGAACAACAACAACAUAGCUAUUGAAAAUAUAAACUUUUUUAUUAUUACAAAUUAUUAUAAAUAUGAUUACUAUUAAUUAAUUAUUACUACUUAUAAAUUAACUAUUAAUUUUAUUGCCUUUUUCCUUCGGCGCUAAUGGCUGCCGCCCAUCCCUGUUUCUCCCCCCUCAAACAAACUAAACUAAAAAAAAAAAAAACAAAAAAGACCUUUUUCUAUACAAUAUUGGUUAACAAAGAAAUGAAGUUGUAGUUUUUAAACAAAAAACAAAUGAUGAUAAUUUUAAGGUAAAACAACAACAACAACAACAAAGAUUCAAAUAUACCAGCAAAGCAGUCAGCCACUUAAAGAUUUCUUCAAAAUCCCCCAAUGAAAAACUAAAAACCACUAAAGAAGAAUUAACUAAAACUUGGUAGGAGUAGAAGAAGGAGGAGGAUAUUAAAAAAGACAGCCAAGAAAAAGAAGUAGGGAAAGAAUGAGUGUGGGCUUUUUGGAAUGGCCUGCCCAUAAAAUGUGUGUUCUUUUCCCCACUGUCAAUACUUCAACUAUGUUGAAAGCCUGUCUCAUGUUUGGCCAUGUUUCCGACUGUCUAGGCUGGCUGGCUGGCAUAGCUGUUGUGUUGGCGGCGGCGGCUUUAAUGGCAUUGGCUUGGUGGGUGUUAUGGCAUUAAGUUUUAGUUAGUUUUCCCUUAAGAAAAUUUUCACACACAUUUACACACACAUUUACACACACACACUCUCACACACAAUUGCAGUCCUCGUUGAUAGUAAGAUAGUUAAAAGAGAAACAAAAAAAAAUAAAAAUAUAAAAAACCACACACACACACUUAAACAUAUUUUGAAUUCAGAUACUUAAAUUUAAUUUUUAAACUAUUUAACAAAAAAAUGAAAAGAAAAGAAGAAACAAACCAAAAACAAAUGGAUCUUUAAACUUUAAAACAACAACAACAAAUUACCAAACAAACAAAACGCUCUUCUUUAUCACUCACACUUUCUUAAGCAAAACUCAAUAAAUGAACAGCAAAUUAAGGCAGGCGCAGACAAAAGCAAAAAACAAACGAACAUGACUAUUUGUGAAUAUUAGAGAUGGAUUUGGACUAACUUAUUUUCUGGAGGAUCAAGAAGGCGAUGCUGACAAAUUAAUCACAUUUUGGGUUUAACUUUGGACAAGGAAUUCGGGGUAAUGAGAAGACUUAGUUUUUCAUUACUGCGAUUUCAAGUUUGUGGCUGCCAUGAAUUGGGAGAGGAUCUAAAAUUCCCUUUGAAAUUUGUCCCCUGUAACAUAAAAUACAAGGGACGAAGGUUAAACUGUCACAGUGAAAAAGUAAACCCAAAGAUUGGUGGUGCAAUGAGGAGGGUGUAGCCUGGAAAUACCAUUCCUUCAGUCGACAUAUUUUCGAUUACCAAUUCAUGAUGUGUAAUCUAUACUUCACACCUUUUUUUGUAAAACUUUUCAUAGGCAGGCUUGGUUCCCUAUCUCUUAAUUCUUUGCUUAUCAGGCAUGUCACAGAAGUUUUACGAAAUCGAUUUAUUUCACCUUUUCCAAAUCGUUACGAUUUGCUUUUGCUUCUUCAGCACUCGUACGUUUUGAGUAAUCCGGAAAAAAAAUCAUUUCACAUUUUUGAAAUAAAAAUAUGGUAACUCCAUGAAAAAAAAGUCAUAAACAAAUUAUUGACAAUUAGAAAAGGAGUUUAAAUUGUUUUUUAUAAUAUAAACACCAAAAGUAAAAAUGCCAGGGGCUUCAAUACUUGCUGUAAUGGAUGAAGAAAUAAAUCAGCGGUCUACUGAAAAAAUUCGUCGCCGGACAUUGAGGAACGCAUCAGAUCCUUUAUCUCACUCAAAUGCAGAGUAAGGAUCCACCAGCAAUGAGUUAUUUUCAAAUUUAUUUUAAUGAUAAUUUAUUUCUACAGAUUUAUAACUUAUUAUCGGCUAAAUAAAGAAGCUUUUGUUUUAGUUUUGGAAAAAAAUUCUCCCCACCUCAAACGUUCCAAUAUACCGGCUAUUAUCCAGCUUGCAACAACGCUUAGGUUUUUGGCUACGGGUGCAUUUCAAGGAGUUAUAGGUAGAGAUGUGGAGCUAAGCCUUGGGUUGUAAGUACAGUUUCUACAAUUAUGUGGAGAGUUAUUAAUGCAAUUGAAGCUGAAAUUUGUCCACAUUGGAUCAAGUUAAGAAUCUCUUCCGAAGAAAAAAGAAAGUCGAAAUUGUACUUUUUUGAAAAUUAUGAAAUUCCAGGAAUUGUAGGAUGCAUUGACGGAACUCACGUUUUUUUGUUUUUCCCCUUUCUUGCUUUUUGGUCUGUCAGUUGUACAUUUCUACACCUUCUUCUUCAACACAUAUGGCAAUAAUUCAACAAUACAAGUCUGCCGUUCAUAUUUUUGCGUUUUCAUCAUGGAUUAGAAAAAUAAUAGAUUUUUUGUAAAAUAAAUUCCAAAAACAUGUUCAUUCUAAGAGAAUUUGGUUAAUACAAUAUUUUCUGUUAAAUUUAUGUGUCUUCGGUUAAUUUUUUACGUUAAAAUCACUAAACAUUUCAAUUUCACCCUGCUUUUUGAAAGUGAUAUCAAAACGCAAAAUUUUUGCGUUUUCCGUUUUUUAGAGAAGCUAAAACCGUUUUCGUUUUCACUCUUGAACGAUUUUACAUUCUGUGACAUGCCUGUAUAAUCAUGUUUCAACAACAACAACAAGAACAACAAUUACAAAAUAUAUAACAAAACAUCAACUAUAUAUAACAACAAAAAAUAAUAAUUGAAUGAAUAAUGGAUGUUGCUUUUUUCCCAACGCAGCCAAUGACUAAUGUUAAUUCGAUCGAUACACGUUGUAUUUUCCCUCGCCCCAGAGGUUGGUGAUUAAGAAGGAAACAACAACAUCCAACCAAUUAACAUUAGUCAAUUAGCUCGGUUUUGAAAUAAGUUUGUGCGAGUAUUGAAGAUUUAAAUAAACAACAAAAAAAAAAAAAAAACAACUUUCCCCCUGACUUCUUCUUUCUAACAAUUUUUGAGAACAAAACAAACAAACCAAAAAAAAUGAAAUUAAACAACAACAAAUUAUGCAUAUAUCACGAAAUCUCUAUAUAUAUGAUGAAUAAAAAGAAAAAUGGGUAAGAAAAAUACAACAAAAAACAAUGUUUUUGUUUUUCUUUGAUUUUUUACAUUUAGCUAAAAAAGAAUUUAAUGAAGGAACUACUUUUCCAAAUUAGCUCGCGCUAAUUUAUUUGUGGUAGAUAUAUAUGGCCGCCAUAUCAUUUUCACUUUGGAUAAUACUUACUACUUCGUCGUGCUAGCUCGUAAUUUCACAACUACAUAAGGCAAAAAAUUACAAGACCAGGAAAGUUAAGGGGCGCGGGAUUGUAAGCCCAGCCCCCCAUCAUAAUUCCAUUUUACUUUCCACACUAACUAAAGCAAAAAAACCAAACACCUUCCUCACAAAAUACGAAAAAACUCGAUUCUUUCUUUUUUUCUAUUUAAUUUUCAAUACUAAGCUUUACAAAGAUGAAAACCAUGAAAACCAUUUUUUUUUAAAAAACAAAUAUUUAAUGUUGUAUUUAUAUUGUCAUGAAAAAGAAUUGAAUUGGCUUUAACAAAAAAAUACUAAAUAAAGAAUAAAUAAAAACUAUAAACGAAACUGAUGGAAAACAAUCAAAACAUACUGGAGGAGAUUUUUCUAAAUUUGGAAGGAAAGGAGGAGUUGGGAGAGGGAGGGAUGGGUUUGAAGUGAAAUUGGAAAAUGAUUUACGGGUGUCAAAAAAUUCGAUAGAUUGGGGUAUGGAUUUGGAGCUGUUGUAGGGAGUUAAUUAGAGUUAGACGAUUGCUUUGAAGUGAAAUUGAAAGGGGAAAAGAAUUUAGGGGUUUCAAAAAAUUCGAUAGUGAGGUAUGGAUUUGGAACAGUUGUGGGAGUUCGUACUCAGACGGUUGGUUGAAAGUGGAAAAGGAUUUAGGGGUGUCAAAAAAUUCAAUAGAGGGUGAGGUAUGUAUUUCAAACACUUCUAGAGAGUUCGUUCUCAGACGAUUUCAACUCCUCUUCUUUGAGGAGUUGGGAAUGUAAAGCUGAUUUUUUAAAAGAUUGAAAGAAUAAAGAAGGAUUUUGUAAGGAGGAAGCUCUUUCAAUAAAGUUCGUUGAUAAACUUCUAGACGUUUUGAAAAGGGUUAUGGUUUUAUGGAUCCCAUUUGAUCUUUUAAGAAACUAUCAUUGAUAAGCAUUGGUUUUAUAAGAAAGUGGUUCUUGCAUUUUUCUAAAAUUUGCUGCAAUAAAGAAAGGUUUUGGAAGAGGAAGCCACGUUCGUUGGUAAAUUUAUAAGACAUCUGGGAGAGAAAUAUUUGGAAGAAAUCAGGGAAGACCUAAAUCCUAUUUGAUCUCUUUAGAAAUUAUCAUUGAGGAAGGGGUUUGGAAAAACUGUGGAAAGUUCAAAUGAAAUUCUUGACGAUCAAAAAGUCAACGGAAGAAAAGAUGGGAUUUAUAUGUGUUUCGUUGGCAAGGCUUGUUGAGGACGAUAACCAUUUUAAGAUCUUGUGUUCAUUGGUGUGGCGAGGGAGGUUCUUUGGUCUAUUAAAAAAAGAAUUAAAUUUUAUUCCAUACAUUUCCAGCGGUGUUGAAAAUUGGUCUUGAAAUUUUGCAUUUUAAACGAAAAUGACUUUCCGUAGGGGACAGGAGGGUUGCUCUUGCAUGUUCAAAAGUUGGGCUGAUUUCGUCUGAAUUUACCAAAUUAACAUAAAAGGUAAAUGGUUUCUUCUCAGAACAGGUAAUGUAUUGAACGGAUAUAGUUGCAUUGGGGGUUCCAUGCAAAGAGAGAGUCGAUUCGGUCAAAAAUGAUCCUUGUAAAGCAAUAUGAAUAUAAGUUGUAUACAGGGUGAGAUAAAAAACCUGCAACAAUGUCAAACGCCAUAAUUUGUACAUUUUUUAAUUUUAUUAAAUGAAUGCAAAAAAUGUCGGAAAUAGCAUCAAAUUUUAGAAUAAGUUUAGAUUUGUUCGAAUUGGUCACCUUUGGCACGAAUUAUGGCGAUCAAACGGCCAAUGAAACCGUCACACGCUGCCCGAAUGUUGCUCUGCGGUAUUUUGGUCCAUUCCCGGCGAAGCACUUGCUUGAGAUGAUCAACAUUUCGGUAUUUUUUAGUGGCAACCUUGCUUUCCAAAUUACUCCAGACACAGUAGUCCAACGGCUUGGUAUCCCGAGAUUUUGGUGGCCAUUGUGCGCUAGAAAUGAAGCAAGGAACCUCAUUUUGUAACUAUUAUUGGGUGGCGCGUGCUGAGUGCGUUGGUGGUCCUGUUGGAAUGUCCAAGGUCUGCGGCCAAAAUGUAUGCGUUACCAAAGCUUUAAUAAAAAUAUUUUCGCGAUAAUAUUCGGCAUUUAUUCUGAAGCCACGGUCGAUUAAUGCGAGCGGAGAGCGACCAUUGGUUGUUAUCAUCACCAUGGCUGGCGCUUGAGUUCUGGUGGUCAACCAAAGGUGCACAUUUAACUUUUACAGCUGUCGGACGGGUGGCUUUCUACCAGCAGUCUGAACUCGGUUGCAGUUUUUUCAUCUCACCCUGUUUAUAUAGAAGAAUAAUUAUAAAUUCAGUUAUAUUUUCUACGGGGUUCACAAAACAUAUACAUUCGACACAAUUCCAAGAAAUCUCAAAAAAUUAGGGGAUUUAAAAGCAGAAAUUUGUUGUAUUUCCAGAUUAGAAUUUCGAAAAUUUCCCAAAAUUUCCCUAUUUUCGAAUCUCUAGUUUGUGGUUGGAGAAUAUAUAGAAAUCCAGAGUUUGUUUACUUUUUUAACUUUAUCUUUCAAAUCAUCCACCUUGAGGACUGUGAUGUUUUGGUGAAGGAAGCUUGGGGAUGACUGACUGCUAUUCCGAAUACAUAAACAUCUAAGUGGUUAGUAUUUUAUUUUCACAUAUUCUUUGUCAUGUUUUAUUUAUUUUAAUCAUUUAUUUUCUUGUUUUUCUUUGUAGACUUAAGGAAAUCUUGAAUGUGGCGACUUUUUGAUAAUGAAAAGCAAAAAGGGAUUAACAUAACCUAUAAAAAUAUGCAAAAUGAUAAUUAUAUAGUAAAUGAAUUGAUUUCUAAGUUUAGCUAUUAUUUUUUAUUCAUUUUCCAAUAUAUUUUCAUUUUAGGCUUAAGAAAUGCCGAUGAAUAGGAUGUCUUCGAGGAAUUACAAAACAUAACCUAUACAAUUUUUGUGAGGUUAUUAUUCGAAUGAAAGUAAAGAUCUAAUAAAAAUUUUGAUUAACUCAAAGCCGACUGGAUCAUAUGACAAAUUUGCUUUGCAAAAUCUCAUUUUGAAUUUAUUUAUACAAAUAUAAAUUCAAAAUAAAAUAUAACAAAGCAAAAGCUUCUAUGACAUCAGAGACUAUACAUUUGUUCUCCGAUGAACUGAGAGUCCUGGAGAUAUAAGGAACCAAAUUUGUCAUAUGAUCGAAUAGUUUUAGAUACUAAUUUUGCUAAUUUUGUCUUAAGCUGUUUGUUAACUGUAUCUCAAUUUAAAAAUAACAACAAACUUGGCCUGAUGAGGGUGUGUAUUGUCAACCAAAACGAAAACCAAAUUGUCUUAUAUGAAAACAAAUGAUAUUUACUCUUCCUAUAUAUAUUUAUGAAACAAAACCAACAACAAAUACACAAAAAACAAACAAAAAAAAUUAAAUUAUUUUUUAACUUAAACCAAAUGCACAAACAAAUUGAUGUUGUAAACUAAAAUUAGAAUUCACAAACAAACCAAACAACAAUGUAACCUAGAAAAGUAAUUAAACCUUAAAAUACUGUUGUGUUUCUAAUCAGUUUUCUUCCUUACAGAACAAACUAUCUCUAUAUUCUCAUAUUAUUUCUAACAAUUUAAUAAGGUAGGAGGGCCAUUGUUGGUACUAAAUUUUGGCACAUUCUGGGGUUAUUGUCAUUAUUAGGGUUAAUUAUAUCCAUUAUGAAAGAAAACCGAGUUUUGAAGAAGAAAAAAGAGGAGUGCAGAUUAUAAGUCUACCUAUAACUCUCUCCUUUCCCCAAAAUCAGUUUCUUCCCUUAAAACUUUCUGAAUUAAGAAACCUUUUAAUGGAAUGAUGACAACAUUUGAGUUACCUACGUUGGCCUACCACCUACCUACAACCAUUUCGUUUAACCUAAUUAAAAUUCUUAAUAUCCCACAAUGAAAAAUGGCAACCAAAUGAACUUAAAUUUACACAAAAAAAGUAAAAAAAAAUCUAUAAAAUAUAUAUAUUCUAACAUAAAUGAAAAAUUAAAGCCAAUGCAGAUUUCACGGGUCCAUCUAGAAUCAUCGAGGAUAAACAUUUGGAACACCCAAUGUUGUUGAUGAUCCUAUGGUGGACCAUAACAUGACACCUACACUUGGCUUCCCAUCUCAACUUAUAAUCGUGUUAAUUAUAUAAUAGAAUCGAAAUAAAAAUUUCAUUGAUUGUAUGAGGCAGCCACAUGUUUUCGUCUCUUCUUCCUUAUCGUAAUUUAAAAAAAAAAACAAGAAAAACGAAAAAAUAUACUUAUUUUUUGAUAGAGUUAAGAUAACAAAAAAUAACAUUAUUUAUAUAAAAAAAUAAAGCUUUACGAAAAUACCAAACAACCAAAACAUAUAAAAAUUAAUAUAAUUUAUCAA